CAGUUACUACUUUACCUGGUGAGCUGAUAUUUUCCAUCCUCACACACUAACUACAGUCAACAUGGAGCAAGGGGCUGUCCUUAGCUCCUUAGCUCCAGGUGAGGAUUAGCAGAGAGACCACAGCUGGAGGCCAGUGACCUCUGACGCCCGCCAACAGUCACUCCAAGGAAGGGGACGCCCCCGCGUAUGCAGAACUUCACCCUCCCACAUGAAUAAAAGCUGCAGCAGCAGAGAAACUUCAGACAGUUUGAGGACAAAUUUCAAACCUAUGCACUCAGAAUCAGAGGAGAUGGCAGAGAGGAAAGUCAUCCUGUUCAACUUCUGGGGAAUUGUUGUCCCUUCUCGGCCCGAUGCCGUGUUCGACAAGUUCGAGGAGGUGCACGAGCUGCCGAGGGGUUUCCUGUCCAGUGUGGCGUCCCAGAAGGACGGCGCCAUGAUGCAGGCGGAGAGAGGCUCCAUAAGUCUUUCUCAGAUGAUCCCAGCGUUGGAGGCCGACUGUGCGAAGGAGGCUCGGGUCAGGGGAGUGACUCUGCCGUCUGAUUGGUCAGUCAAAGGCCUGCUGGAGGAGCUCAGAGGGGCGAUGGCGGACGUCCAGACAGCCGUGCUGAAGACGUCUUCCAGCCUGCGUGGCAGUGGGUUACUGACAGCCGUGCUGGCCAACCACUGGGUAGACGACAGUGCCGAUGGAGACGGCCCCGCCCGCCUUCUCUGUCUGCUGGGGGGUAAUUUUGACCUGGUCCUCCAGUCCUGCCGGUCAGGUCACAGAGUCCCCGAGGCUGCCAUGUUCAGCUCAGCUUUGCAGCGCCUGGGUGUGACUCCACAGCAGGCUGUGUGGCUGGAUGCAGAUGAGGAGGGUGUGAAGGCGGCGGAGGGAGCGGGCUUGAAGGCCAUCUUGGUGGAGAACCUGGACGUCGCUCUGGAGAAACUGGCCGAGUUUACGGGAGUUCAGGCUGUUGGAGCAGAGAGUCCUCCACCACCCUGCAGACUGGAUCAAGUGUCUCAUGGCUACGUCUCCAUCAGUCCAGGUGUCAGGAUUCAUUUUGUGGAAAUGGGCUGUGGCCCCCCUGUUCUUCUGUGUCAUGGCUUCCCUGAUUCCUGGUUCACCUGGAGGCACCAGAUGCCGGCCUUGGCUGCAGCGGGGUUCAGGGCAAUCGCUGCAGACAUGAAGGGAUACGGAGAGUCCACAGCGCCUCUUGACAGAGAGGAGUAUUCAAUGGAGAAGAUUGUUAAGGAUCUCGUCACGUUUUUGGACAGAAUGUCGAUACCUCAGGUCACUCUGGUUGGUCAAGACUGGGGCGGCAACCUGGUGUGGACCAUGGCCCAGACUUAUCCCGAGAGAGUCAGGGCCGUGGCGUCUCUGAACACUCCUCUGGUGAAGGGGGAUCCUUCCGUCGACAUCAUGGAAAGACUGAAGGCUGUUCCCUUUUUUGACUACCAGUUCUACUUCCGCAACAGAGAUGUAGCGGCAGCUGAGCUGGAGAAGGAUUUGGAGAGAACGUUCAACGCUGUUUUUAACAGAAACCGUGAAGAAGAUGGUCCUGUAUAUGACCUUAUAGGAGUCUGUGAUCGAGGCGGCCUGCUUGUGGGUCUGCCCGAACAGAUUCCCCCGAGCCCCCUACUGUCAAAGGCAGACAUGCAGUACUACAUCAGCCAGUACAAAGAGAGAGGCUUCAGGAGGCCACUGAACUGGUAUGGACAUCUGGAAGAAAACUGGAAGUGGAUGUGUACUCGGCCCUUUGACAAGUUGCUGAAGCCGGCGCUGAUGGUGACGUCAGGCAGAGACCGCACACUGCCUCCAUUCCUGAGCAUGGGAAUGGAGGAAAUGGCAGUGAAUCUGACCAGAGGACACUUGGAGGAGUGUGCACACUGGACUCAGAAAGAAAAGCCAGCAGAGACCAACGACAUCCUGAUAUCCUGGCUCAAAAAGACACACAAGAAGUCUGGAGAUGUUGCUGGAGAUGAGAUGUGACUGUGGAAUAAAAGAUGUGGAUUUGUGCCA